AAUAACGCAUCCCUGCAAUGAGGAGGUUGUCUGGGUCCCAGACCCGCCUCAUUCUCAUCUUUAAGGGGGGCACACUGGACUGGAGUGGGUGAGCCCGAGGGCCCAAAGUCUGUGUGAAACUGGGAGCUUAGGGAGGAGCGGCCGCUCGGCUCCAGGGGACUUGGGCUGUGGGGUCAGCCCCCCUGCAUGUCUGCUCCCCACUGUGCUCAUGUGCAAGUGACUUCUUUCUACAGCUCGGCCUCCUCUGCUGUAAGACACCAGUUACAGCAUCCCCUCUGCAAGGUUUAAAGGAAACCAAAAGGAUAUAAAGGGCUUGCCCCAGGGCCUUUGACACAGAGCAUGCGCAUCCGUGCUCAGCAGGUUUCAUUCUCAGAGCGGCUCUGUGAGGCCUGUGCUGUCACCAGCCCCAACUUACUGAUGCAAAAGCAGAGGCACAGAGAGGCAAAGUCAUCUGCCCAAAGUAACACGGCUGGGGGUGCGGUCAGAGGCAGGCUCAGAACCCAGAGCUCUUGGCAACCGUGCUCCAGUGUGGCCCACAGUGGCAUGAGGAUUUUGUGUGUGUGUGUGUAUAUGUGUGUGUGUGUGUGUGUGUGUGUGUGUUCCUGGGGAGCGCUGAUCAGUGAGGCCGUGGCUCUCAAACCUUCCUACUUCUUAGAGUUACCAGGAAAUGUUAAGAAGAAACUGCACUUCUUCCAGGGCACACCCCAGGCCUUCAGCUGUGCCCGGGGAUCUGUAUUUCUAGCCAGCGUUUCUGAGUGAGGGGCCACAGGAGGGGGUUCAUGGACCGCUCUUGGGAGAGGUGUAAGGAGUUUUUGACCCCUGAAGAGUUUGGGAGGCCUGGACUGGCGGGUACCCACAACACAGAGGGGCAGCUGCAGGAAAGAAAUGACUCGCUUCCCUAAACCUUGGUUUCCUCCCAUGCAGUGGGGAUUUUAGCCCCUCUCUCCCAGGGCUGCCGUGGGCCACAGUACUCUUCGGGUUAUCAGUGGGAAGAAUCAGGCUUUGGGUUCUUUCUGACCUGAGGGUGAAGACUUCAACUCACUUCCAUCCGGAAGACUAACAUGGCUGGAAGGGGUUCAGAGCACUGGGCCCCCGUAAAGCUGGCAGCUCUGCCACAGGACUUAGUCCCACCCCAUCUGCCCAGACUCUGCUUCGUCACAACACUAUUGGCUUCUUACCCAGGUGCAGCCGCCAGGGCCAUGCUCAGCCUGGGGCAACGUGGUGAUCCUCAGAGGGACGGCCUCCCCAGCUCCCAGGCCCUUUCAGGGCCCAGGAUGAACCAAUUCCUACCCCCAGGCAAUGGACCCCAUCCAGCCACACCACCCAGGACUGUGUGGGACGUGAGGGAUGUCACCCCAGGGGGGCCUGAAACCAGGCAGCCCAGAGCACGCUGGCCCAGGAGGCUCAAGACAGCCAUCCUGGGAUUCCGGGCCACCUGCCCUUCUGUCUCCACCAUCUACUUCCUCUUCAUCCUCUUGGUGGUGUCCACCAUCUUCCACUGCCACCACCGCCUGGCCCUGGUGCCUGCCCCCUGGGCCUACUCAGGCCGCGUGGUCCUGCUCCCCGGACCCCUGCCCUCGGGGGGCUUGUUCACCAUCACGGCCAAAGGCCGCCUGGGGAACCAGAUGGGCGAGUAUGCCGCCCUGUACGCCCUGGCCAAGAUGAACGGGCGGCCGGCCUUCAUCCCGGCCGAGAUGCACAGCACGCUGGCCCCCAUCUUCCGGAUCAGCCUCCCGGUCCUGCACGGCAGCACGGCCGGCCGCAUCCCCUGGCAGAACUACCACCUGAAUGACUGGAUGGAGGAGCGCUACCGCCACAUCCCCGGGGAGUACGUGCGCCUCACCGGCUACCCCUGCUCCUGGACCUUCUACCACCACCUGCGAGACGAGAUCCUGCGGGAGUUCACCUUGCAUGACCACGUGCGGGAGGACGCCCAGAAGUUUCUAAGGGGCCUGCAGGCCAAGGGGGCCCCGCGGGCGACCUUCGUGGGCGUCCACGUGCGCCGGGGGGACUACGUGAGCAUCAUGCCGCGGGUGUGGAAGGGCGUGGUCGCCGACCGGGGCUACCUGUGCCAGGCCCUGGCCUGGUUCCGGGCCCGCCACCGCUCCCUGGUCUUCGUGGUCACCAGCGACGACAUGGCCUGGUGUCGACAGAACAUUGACGCCUCCCGGGGCGAUGUAGUGUUCGCGGGCAACGGCCUUCAGGGCUCCCCCGCCAGGGACUUUGCGCUGCUCACUCAGUGUAACCACAGCGUUAUCACGGUGGGCACGUUCGGGAUCUGGGCUGCCUACCUAGUGGGCGGGGACACCGUCUACCUGGCCAAUUUCACCCUGCCCGGCUCCCCCUUCCGCUGGAUCUUCAAGCCCCAAGCAGCCUUCCUGCCCCAGUGGGUGGGCAUCGCCGCUGACCUGGGCCGGGCCAGAGAGAACUCCAGGCCCUGAGGCCUCCCAGCUGGGCGACCUGGAACUAGUAACUUAACCUCUCUGGGCCUUAGCGUGCCCCCUGCCAAGCGGACCUAAUCCAGAACUUCCCUCCGCAGCUCCUGCCACAAGUUCAUUUAAUGUCUUGGGAAGGCCUGGGAAGUGCCCGCCACCCACAAGCAUGUGGGUGGCGCACCCCGAACUUUCCAGAGGGUUUAACAUGGAAACCUAUUUUUUGCCCUCUCCUUGUUGGUGGCUUUAGGAGUUAAGUCCAAUGCCCCUGCCUCCUGGGAGGGUUCAGUGAAGCCGUUCCUCCCCUCCAGUCAAGGAGAGCCAGCCAAGAGUCAGGUUUGGGGUUUCCUAGGGGCCUUAAUGUGGAAGGGAGGAACCCACGAUUUGAGAGGGUGAAUCUCGGGGAGGUGCCCUUGGUGGGGAGGUGAGGUCCCUGGAAAUGGGGGUGCACAUGGGACUCAGGAAGGACUCCACACCACUCUGCCCACAGCAGCAAGGACGCCCAGAGUGUAAGGUCCUAGGAGUGGCUGGUGGAACCCAGGGGUCCCAAAAGACGGAAGUCUGGCCAUGUUAGCAAGCCAGCUGCAGCCAGAAGGCCUCACCCCUUGGCACUGCCUAGGCCCCUAGGGCACAGAGUCCCUCUGAGAAACCCCUGUGUGGAUGAGAGUUGGAUCAGGGGAUCACAAUACGGGUUUUCCUGUGUUUAGUGCAUUUGGCAUUAUGGAUAUACCGGUAUUUUUCUU